GGACGCAACCCAAACGCCGACUGAGAUCGCGCGGGAAGGCCGGCAGCGGGAGCUUCCACGCAUGCGCCUGGUUGCCAAGUGGGUGGGCGCGGGAGUCCUUCAGCAGGAGCGGGGGAGACAACAACAGUCGUUGUCGCGCCGCCAGCACCGCCGAGGAAGCGUUUUAAGGGCUGCCGUCGUUCCUUCAUCCUCCGUCGCCACCGGGAAAGGGAGAGAGUCAGGCUGAGGAGCGGCGAGAGCAGGGCUCGCGGGGCUACUGGAUUAAGGCGAGGAGCUGUCCAUCCUCGGAGCCGUCCUGGGGAAGCGCGGUGCUCUUCCUUCAGCAGCGCAGAGGAAUCCGCCGAGUCCCUCCGGGGAAAGGCUGCCCGCUUCUGCGCCCACGGUUGCCCUCCCGCGCACUUGCUGGCCUGUGGAGACGGAGAAGACGUCGCCGCCGCCACAGCCGCGGUGCCCUGGGGGCUGUACGGAGCAGCGGCCCCGGGCUCGUCAGGAAAAGCCGCCUCCGCUCGUCAAUGAGCAUCGCGGCUCCGGAGCUCCACUCCGGCAGGGGGGAGCCGGCUUCAGGAGCAGCCCCGGCGGCGGGGGGAGCAGCAUGUGGAUCCCAACGGAGGAGGAAAAAUACGGCGUGGUUAUAUGCAGCUUCCAAGGACAUGUGCAGCAAGGCUUAGUUCUAGAACUAGGAGAAACUGUUCAGAUCUUGGAAAAAUGUGAAGGUUGGUACAGAGGAAUUUCAAUAAAAAGACCUAGCAUAAAGGGAAUCUUUCCUGCAAAUUACAUUCAUUUGAAAAAGGCACUUGUCAGUAACAGAGGGCAAUAUGAAACAGUUGUUCCACUUGAAGAUUGUGUUAUUACUGAAGUUACAGCAACUCUCCAGGAAUGGGCUAUGCUCUGGAAGCAGUUAUAUGUGAAACAUAAGAUAGAUCUGUUCUACAAGCUACGCCAUGUGAUGAAUGAAGUGAUUGAUCUUCGCAGACAAUUACUGUCUGGUCAUUUGACCCAGGAUCAAGUUCGAGAAGUCAAGAGACAUCUUACUGUACGAUUGGACUGGGGCAAUGAGCAUUUGGGCUUGGAUCUUGUCCCACGGAAGGACUUUGAGAUUGUAGAUUCUGAUCAAAUCAGUGUGUCUGAUCUAUACAAAAUGCAUUUAUCCAGUAGGCACAGUGUACAACAAAGCAUAUCACAGGUGGAUACGAUAAGGCCACGCCAUGGAGAAGUAUGCCGUCUGCCAGUACCUCACCAUUUCUUUCUCAGCUUAAAGAGUUUCACAUACAAUACCAUUGGAGAAGAUGCAGAUGUAUUCUUUUUUUUAUAUGAUGUUCGAGAAGGGAAGCAGAUCAGUGAAAGAUUUCUGGUAAGGUUGAACAAGAAUGGGGGUGCCAAGAAUCCAGAGAAGAUUGAUCGGAUGUGUACACUUUUCACAGACCUUGGCAGCAAAGAUAUGAAGAAAGAUUUGUACAUAGUUGCCCAUGUAAUCCGAAUAGGACGUAUGUUGCUAAAUGACUCAAGAAAGGGUCCAUCUCACCUGUAUUACCGGCGUCCAUAUGGCUGUGCUGUAUUGAGUGUCUUGGAUGUAAUUCCAUCAAUUUCUGAACUCAAAGAAGAAAAGGAUUUUGUUCUCAAAGUUUACACGUGCAACAAUGAGAAUGAAUGGUAUCAGAUCCAUGAAAAUAUAAUUCGCAAGUCGAGCACCAAAUAUACAGCACCCAGUUCAAAUUAUGGACUUAUAAUUUCUCUUCAACUUCUCCGUGGAGAAAUGGAACAAAUUCGAAGAGAAUAUCCUAUUAUCUUUAACAGAGGGGUGUCUAUUACAAGAAAAGUAGGAUUCCCAGAUGUGAUCAUGCCUGGUGAUAUACGAAAUGAUUUGUACCUGACUUUAGAGAAAGGAGACUUUGAGAGAGGUGGAAAAAGUGUUCAAAAGAACAUAGAAGUAACUAUGUACGUUCUGUAUGCAGAUGGAGAGAUUUUAAAGGACUGCAUUAGCUUAGGCUCAGGAGAGCCAAACAGAAGUAUGUACCAUUCGUUUGUUCUCUAUCAUAAUAAUAGCCCUCGCUGGGGAGAGGUCAUCAAACUCCCAAUUCCCAUUGACAGAUUCCGUGGGUCUCACCUCCGUUUUGAAUUCAGACACUGUUCCACAAAAGAUAAAGGAGAAAAGAAGCUCUUUGGCUUUGCAUUUACACCAUUAAUGAGAGAUGAUGGCACUACCCUAUCUGAUGAUAUUCAUGAGCUUUAUGUUUAUAAGUGUGAUGAAAACAGCACAUUCAAUAACCAUGCACUUUACUUGGGUCUUCCAUGCUGCAAAGAAGAUUAUAAUGGUUGUCCCAACAUCCCUUCAAGCUUGAUUUUUCAGCGCAGCACCAAAGAGUUGUUUUCAAUCACUACUCAGCUGUCUUCUACCAAACUUACUCAGAAUGUGGACCUGCUUGCUCUUCUGAAAUGGAAAGCUUAUCCAGAUCGUGUAAUGGAUAUUUUAGGUAGACUACGCCAAGUUAGUGGUGAAGAAAUUGUUAAGUUCUUGCAGGAUAUUCUGGAUACAUUGUUUGUGAUUCUGGAUGAUAACACAGAAAAAUAUGGACUUCUGGUCUUUCAAUCUUUGGUAUUUAUCAUAAAUCUUUUGCGUGAUAAUAAAUAUUUUCAUUUUCGACCUGUAAUGGACACUUAUAUUCAGAAGCACUUUGCAGGAGCUCUGGCAUAUAAAGAACUCAUCCGCUGUUUGAAAUGGUAUAUGGAUCGAUCAGCUGAACUAGUACGACAGGAUCAUAUUCAAGAAGCAAUGCGGGCAUUGGAAUAUCUUUUCAAGUUUAUUGUUCAAUCCCGGAUCCUUUACUCCAGAGCUACUUGUGGAAUGGAGGAGGAACAAUUCAGAAUCAGUAUCCAGGAACUUUUCCAGUCCAUCAGAUUUGUACUCAGUUUGGACAGCAGAAGCUCUGAGACUCUCAUCUUUACACAGGCCCCUCAGCCUGAAGGACAGGUGAGCGGAGCUGGGACAUGUGCCCCACAAAAAUGUGGUGGCAUUGCAAGGCCGUCAUUUAAGUCUGCUGCUCUAUUGAAUUCUUUCCCUGCAAUUUUUGAUGAGCUAUUGCAGAUGUUUACAGUACAGGAAGUAGCAGAGUUUGUGCGAGGAACUCUUGGGAGCAUGCCCAGUACAGUGCAUAUUGGACAAUCUAUGGACGUGGUUAAAUUGCAAUCUAUAGCUCGUACAGUAGACAGUCGCUUAUUUUCUUUCUCAGAAUCCCGGCGAAUCUUAUUACCUGUGGUCCUUCAUCAUAUUCAUCUUCAUCUGAGACAACAAAAAGAGUUGCUUAUCUGCUCUGGAAUUCUUAGCAGUAUCUUCUCUAUCAUCAAAACUAGCUCCGUGGAGACAGAUGUAAUUGAGGAGGUAGAAAUGAUGGUGGAGAGCCUCCUGGAUGUACUAUUACAAACUCUUCUGACUAUUAUGAGUAAAUCACAAUCUCAGGAGGCGGUAAGAGGGCAGCGUUGUCCACAAUGCACAGCUGAAAUCACUGGGGAAUAUGUAUCCUGUCUUUUGUCUCUACUUCGUCAGAUGUCCGACACUCACUUUCAACAUCUACUGGAAAAUUUUCAGAGUAAAGAUGAGCUAAAGGAAUUUCUUCUGAAGAUUUUCUGUGUGUUUCGAAAUCUGAUGAAGAUGAGCGUCUUUCCUCGAGAUUGGAUGGUGAUGAGAUUACUCACUAGCAAUGUAAUAGUUACAACAGUGCAGUAUCUGUCUGCAGCACUACAUAAGAAUUUCACGGAAACAGAUUUUGAUUUUAAGGCCUGGAACUCUUAUUUCAGCUUGUCUGUUUUAUUUAUCAAUCAACCGAGCCUGCAGCUAGAAACAUUUACUCCAGCUAAGCAGAAAAAGAUUCUGGACAAAUAUGGUGAUAUGCGUGUGAUGAUGGCAUAUGAGCUUUUCAGCAUGUGGCAGAAUUUGGGGGAACAUAAAAUUCACUUUAUUCCUGGAAUGAUCGGUCCUUUUCUGGGUGUCACACUUGUCCCACAGCUAGAGGUCCGCAACAUUAUGAUCCCCAUUUUUCAUGAUAUGAUGGACUGGGAACAGCGAAAAAAUGGCAACUUUAAACAGGUGGAGGCAGAAUUGAUUGAUAAGCUGGACAGUUUGGUAUCAGAGGGGAAAGGAGAUGAAAAUUACAGGGAACUUUUCAGUCUGCUAACCCAGCUGUUUGGGCCUUAUCCCAGCCUGCUAGAAAAGAUAGAACAAGAAACUUGGAGGGAGACAGGUGUUUCUUUUGUUACAUCAGUUACUCGUUUGAUGGAGCGCCUCCUUGACUACAGAGACUGUAUGAAAGGAGAUGAAACAGAGAACAAGAAAAUUGGUUGCACUGUUAACUUGAUGAAUUUUUAUAAAUCUGAAAUUAAUAAGGAAGAAAUGUAUAUUCGUUAUAUACACAAGUUAUGUGACAUGCAUCUGCAAGCUGAAAAUUACACAGAGGCUGCUUUUACAUUGCUUUUGUAUUGUGAGCUACUACAAUGGGAGGACAGGCCUCUUCGGGAAUUCCUCCACUAUCCAUCUCAGACAGAGUGGCAACGUAAAGAAAACCUUUGUCGGAAGAUUAUCCAUUAUUUUAAUAAAGGCAAGAGCUGGGAAUUUGGAAUCCCGUUAUGCAGAGAGCUGGCUACUCAGUAUGAAACACUAUAUGAUUAUCAAAGUCUCAGCUGGAUUCGGAAAAUGGAAGCUAACUAUUAUGACAAUAUAAUGGAACAGCAACGGUUGGAACCUGAAUUUUUCAGAGUUGGCUUUUAUGGAAGAAAAUUUCCUUUCUUCCUCCGUAAUAAAGAGUACGUUUGCCGAGGCCAUGACUAUGAGAGGUUAGAGACCUUCCAACAAAGAAUGCUUAGUGAAUUUCCACAAGCCAUUGCAAUGCAACAUCCAAAUCAUCCAGAUGACAGCAUAUUGCAGUGUGAUGCCCAGUACUUGCAAAUCUAUGCAGUGACUCCAAUUCCUGACAACAUUGAUGUACUACAUAUGGAUCGUGUCCCUGAUCGCAUAAAGAGCUUUUAUCGAGUUAACAACAUCAGGAAAUUCCGCUAUGAUAGGCCUUUUCACAAGGGCCCCAAAGACAAGGAAAAUGAAUUUAAGAGCUUGUGGAUUGAACGUACCACUCUAACCCUGACUCACGGUUUACCUGGAAUCUCUCGGUGGUUUGAAGUGGAAAGACGAGAAUUGGUUGAAGUAAGCCCACUAGAAAAUGCCACUCAAGUAGUAGAGAACAAAAAUCAGGAGCUAAGGACACUGAUAAGCCAGUACCAACACAAACAAAUGCAUGGGAACAUUAAUCUACUCAGUAUGUGCCUGAAUGGAGUUAUUGAUGCUGCUGUGAAUGGUGGCAUAGCCCGUUAUCAGGAGGCCUUUUUUGAUAGGGAUUAUAUCUCCUCUCAUCCUGGAGAUGCAGAAAAAAUCACACAAUUGAAAGAACUGAUGCAUGAACAGGUACAUAUCCUAGGAAUAGGUCUGGCAGUACAUGAGAAGUUUGUACAUCCUGAGAUGCGUCCACUCCAUAAGAAAUUAAUUGACCAGUUUCAAAUGAUGCGAUCUAGUUUGUACCAUGAGUUACCCACUCUGGAAAAGUUAAGUCCAGCCUGCUCAGGAACAAGCACACCACGCAGCAAUAUGCUUGUAUCACACAGUCCAAUGAGUCCAGAGAGCAUCAAAGUGAUGCAUCGCCACAGCCCAUUGAAUAUGCUGGGUACAGUCCGACACUCGUCAUCUUCCCUUUCUUCCCAUACAUCAAGUGAAACAGGAAAUAUGGUUAUAUUAACAGACAGUUCUGUUGGAGAAAAUGCAGAGGAUGUGUACCACAUGCAGGCCAGUCCUUCCACCUCAAGCUUGAGCUCUACCCAUUCUGCGCCAUCUCAAAUGAUCAACUCUGCACCUGCUAGUGCAAGAGUGCUGAAGGGUGCUGGAUUGACAACUCUGGAGGCUGAAGCCCUCUAUUUAUCCACAGAACAGAUACAGCCUGGGCGGCAGCAGUGCAAGCUUUCCCACACUGCCCCCACCAAUGUGCCUCAUCUCUGUCCUGGAGGGACCACCUCUAGAGGCUCUCCCUCUCUACCAGAUAAAUACCGUCAUCAUCGAGAAUUGAUGAUGCUACUACCAGCACACCGGGAUCGGCCUAGCAGUGCUAUGUAUCCUGCAGCUAUCAUGGAAAAUGGACAGCAUCCAAACUUCCAGAGAGCCUUAUUCCAGCAGGUAAUUGGGCCGUGCAAACCUUGCAGUGAUCCUAAUCUAUCUGUUGCUGAAAAAGCUGUUUCAGCAGCACCGAGCAGCUGGAGUCUGGACAGCGGAACCAGAGAGGCCCGGCCAUUCCUGUCUGCUCAUGUUGGGAGCAUCCUGGUCCCACCAGUGCCUCCCCGAAGUUUGACCCAUGGUCACUAUUUACUACACUUUGAUGCCUUCCACCAUCAUCUUAAUGACGCUCCCCCAGCGCUGCCUGCACGAACAUUGCGCAAGUCUCCUCUUCACCCGAUACCUGCAUCCCCCACAAGUCCCCAGUCUGGCCUGGAUGGAAGCAAUUCCACUCUUUCUGGUAGCGCUAGCAGUGGUGUUUCCUCACUAAGUGAAAGUAAUUUUGGCCAUUCGUCUGAGCCCCCUCCUCGAACAGACACCAUGGAUUCUGUCCCUAGCCAGACGUGGAACACUGACGAAGACUUAGAGACGCCCUAUCUGCCUGUCAGGUACAGUCUCUCAGAACCUGAUGUUUUAGAAACUCUCAAAACCCAGCCAUGCCGAAGCCACUCCGCUCCAUCUGGAGUCAUUCCUCAGGACACUAUGGACCCUCCAGCUCUACCCCCGAAACCGUAUCAUUCCCGUCACCCAAACUUGGAUAAAGAAGAGGGAAUGAUUCUGCAAGAGGAUGAAAAAUAUCGAGCGCUGCAUCGCAAAAUUGCCCAACCAGCUACUUGUGCAAAAGAGGAGCAAGCAAGGGUGGCGUGGGAGCAUGGCAUCAGUGAGCAAUAGGCAGAAUUUUCAGAGUAUAGUUUGUAUGAUCAUUCCAGGUUUUAGAACCAGAACAGUGUGUGGAAAAAUAGAGAAGUUGAUUAUUUUUUUUCCUACUGCUGUGAGAUUGACUGGAAACAGAGAGUGAGCCAGCAUGUAAAAAAAAACCUGCUGCUUUCCUUUUUAUUUAAUUUUAUACUUUCCAAGUUUUUAGUGGUUUGGGAUUUGUUCUUUUUCCCACACUGGAUGCUACAUUCCUUCUACAGUUUCGGACAACAGAAGAAUUGAAUGACACACAGGGAAGUGGCAUGGGAUUUUUACAAGCUUUUGGUUUGAAGAUGUGCACAAAUUGAAGCAGUUGCACUAGGAAUGUGUUUAUUUGUUGUGUUAAAUGGAUUUGGGGAUUCCAUGAAAUGUCAAGCCAGAAGGUGCAGUUUAAAGUUUGAAGUACAGUGAAUUCUGCUUUUGAAGACACUGGAUCUUUCAGGCUUCAGGCAUAUGAACUCUUUUGUGGUGAUCUCCCUGCGCUGCCUCAGGAAUGCUGAAGCAAUCUGACUUACGUUCGCUUGCUAUUGCCUAUUUUAAAUAUUUUCUAGUUUGCUAGACUUUUUAUUUCAAUUUUUUUUCUCAUUAUUAUGGUGUAUUCAAACAAGCCGUAGCCCAUUUUUGGCCAGCUGUGCCUAAAGAAGCUUUUGGCCCCAGCAUUCUUUUAUUCUUAAAAAAAUAGUGUUGCCAAAAGCCAAUUCAGGAUUGGAGAAGGAAUAACUCUGAUUCAGCAGCUGGGAAUCUAGUCUAGAUUAAAAUAAAAGGAAGAACUGAGCGCAUACUUGAUCUUUGCCUCAAACAUCUUGUGUCAAGUUCCCCAAAGACUUUCAUGUCACACAAAAAAACAAAAACAAAAAACCCCAACCUUGUUCCAGUGGGUUAAAGUAUAGGUAUUAAAAUCGUGACUGAUUGAAAGGCAUUGACAUACAGAGGAAGGAGCUACUUAAUUUGUAUUCAAGAACUAGUUCUAUCAAUUAAUUUAAAUUGUUGCCAUUAUACAUUAUCACCAAAGGAACCAUGAUACAUGGUGCCAUAUAUUAUGCAGUAGCUGAUAGCGUAACUAAAGUUGGAAAAGUGUCAGAAAAUGUAUGAAAGGAAUACACACAUUAAGCAAUAUGGAAAACUUAUAAUGCAAAAUAGUUUUAUAUUGAUAAUUGAAGAAUUUUAAUCAAUGCUUCAUUUUCUUAUAAUUCAUUCCAGGUUCUUAAAAUGGAAAAUAUAAAUGGAAAAGCUUUAAGAUCCAGAUUUGUUUUUGUUUUUUGCCCAAUCUUUGGAAGGGUAAACAUUCCAUUUAUUUUUAUAUUUUUCACAAGCACAUUGUGAAAAAUUUAUAAGUUCAUGGCUAUUCCACAAAAGUCCGAACUAAAUUAUGAAUCACUUAAUAUUGUAGGAAAAUGGAUCCUAUUCACUACAAUAGAUUUACUCAGUGUUUCUCCCACAAAGGCAAAUAAUUAAAAUGUCUAUCCAUUAAUAGAACAUGCAACACUCGUAGAAUGGAUUCUCCUUCUUCUGCCCUUUAUACUCUCAAGAUGUACUCCAGGGGUCUUCUUUGAAGCAGACUUGAGGAGUAUAAAAGCAAAAAAUAAUAGCCAAUGUAUGAAUGAAAGUCUGCUCAUGAAAUGUAAAUAGAAUCUAAGAAAAAGUCAAAUUUAAAAUCUUGAUUUUUGUAAUUAGUGAAUCAUUAUUUGCAGGGAAAAAGGGGGAAAAAAUUAAAGACCAAGGGUAUAAUGUGUAACAGCUUCCUGUGGCCAAAAUUGCUUUUCAUGGGAGUACAGGUAGUCCUUGACUUAUAACUGUUUGUUUAACAACCACCUGAAAUUAUGACAGUGCUGAAAAAACUGACUUAUAAUUGGUCUUUGCACUUAACAACCAUUGCAGCCUCCCCAGGGUCAUGUGAUCAAAAUUGGGAGAUUGGCACUUGGCAUGUAUUUGCAAUGGUUGCAGCAUCCUAGGGUCACAUGUUCAUGAUUUGUGACCUUCCCAGGGAUUUCCCACAUGCAAAACUAAUGGGGGAAGCUGGUUUCACUUAAUAAACGUAGCAAAAAAGGAUAGUAAAAUCAGGUGUGACUCAUUUAAUGAUCGCAUCAUCUAGAAAUGGAGGUUGUUCAGUUACUUUCUUCAGUGUCUCUUGUGUGCAUAAGACACAUUAAAUUCUUAAGUGAAGUAACAUGAAAAGUUGAUUUUGUUUAUAGUCAUUUCUUUACUUGGUCCCAUUAGCAGCAUUUUCCCACUGGUGCCCCCAAAAGCGUAUCUACAAAAGCACAGUAGAAAACAUAAGUUUCAAAUUUUAGAACAUCAAACAUCCAGGCAUCCUAAAUUUCACUCAUCCAAAACUCCAGCAGGAUUCUUAAAGUAUAUCAUCUUUUUGAAGUUUGAGAGAGCGGCAGCACACUCCCAAGCAUGUUUAAAUAAAAUAUUUGUUUAAAUUCAUUGAAUCUUGAUCUAUAAUAAGCGAUGGUUAGAGGAUUGAAUUCUGGAUGUUAACUAUAUUUUUUCUUUUUAUUUAUUUCUGAAAUUUUAACAGGUCAUAUAAUAUUUAUUUAAUAAAUUUAUAUAGCUGACCUACUAAUGGCUCUCUGGGUGGUAACAAAAGAUAAAAUAUAACACACAAAUCUGUCAAGACCACUGAAAAACACUUUACCAACACUUCCCUCAGACAGAAGCCAGGCUCCAUUGAUAUUGUGGCCUAUAUGCCUAAAGGAAAAGCCAGGUUUUCACAGACUUGUAGAAGCAAAAAAGGUUGAAUUAUUUCAAUGUUCAGAGGGAGAUUAUUCCAUAAGGGAUGUGCUAUAACAGAGAAGGCACACUUCCUAGGAUCUAUCAAGUGACUUGUUUCACUGAGAGGAUUUGGAACAUGGCCAUCUUUAUGUAUUUAGUGGAACAGGCAGAAACAAAUGGGGGUAGCAGUACUGCAAGUAACCUGGCUCCGUGCCUCGUAGUUAAGGUGACAAUCAGUACCUUGAAUUGCACUUGGAAGACUACUGGGAACCAGUGAAGUUUACAUAGCAGCAGUGUUAGAUGAGCAUAUUGUAUUGUAUCCAGAACUGAACAUGUCACUGUCUAAUUGGGAGGUUGAAAGCCAAUUUGAUGUAGUGAUUGAGGAAUCAGGCUAAAAACCAGGAGACUGAGUUCUAAUCCUGCGUUGGGCACAAAACCAACUGGGUGACCUUGGCCCAGUCAUUUUCUCUCAGCCUUGGAAGGAGGCAAUUGUAAAUCAUUACUGAAAAAACUUGGCAGGACAACUUCAGAAACUUGUUCAGGAAAUCUCCAAGACCUGGAUAUGAUUGACCAGAAGAAAGGAAAACCGGGAGGUUAUUAGGGCACUGCCUCCCAAUCUAGGAACUGGCACAACUGAUACAUAAGAUGUCUCUACUCAAAAGACCUUUUUGCCACAACUGCUAUCUGUUCCUCAAUCAGAAGUUGAGGAUUACCAACUCUGUGGGAAUGUCACCCCACCAGAAAUUAAGAAUGGAAGAUCACUAGAUUCAGGGGGCUUUAAAAGCCAAAGGUAGUCAAUCUCAUCAGUUGAGAAAAAGCCUGUUCUUCUCCACCAGACUCUCCCAGCAUCCAGGUACUGGCAGACUACCUCAGUAGUAUCAAUUGGAUGGUCCGGGGCAGAGAGUUAUAACUGAGUAUCAUCAGCAUACUGAUAAUACUUGAUUCAGUGCCAACAGAUGACCUCACCCAGAGGUUUCAUGUAGAUGUUAAAUAGGAUUUCAAAGACCAAGUGCAUUCAUAUUACCAUAAUCACCAAGUUCUGUGGAGAAAGGCCCAUUUUGAUACAUUAAUAAGAAUUUUCAGGAUCCAUUAUUUUUCAGUUUCUUUUAUGAUGUUGGUGCGUGUCCACGCAGGUUUGUGAUAGCUUUUUAAAGGGAGCAUUGUGUAUAUAUCUGUGUGCAAAAUAUAAAAUCAAAUUUCCAGUAUAUUUUAAAAGAUUAAUGUGAAAUUAAGCGUUGUAUAAUUUGGAACUGAAAGUUCACAAAAUACGGUUAGUCCUCAACUUACGACUAAAACUGAGCCAAAAAUUUCUGUGGCUAAGUUAAACAUUUGUUAAGUGAGUUUUGCCCCUUUUUACGACUUUUCUUGUCACAGUUGUUAAGUGAAUCACUGCAG